GCUCGGCCCGGCCCCCCGGCGGGGGCAUCGGUGUCUUGCGCGGCGUCUGCAGCCCUGCACUGCCGGCAGCCCGUGGGCACCGUGCUGCGCCGCUCCGGAGCGUCCCGCCGCUGCCGCUAUGUACCUCUGCCGCGCCGCCUCGCAGGCGCUGGCCGCUCGCCUGAGCAGGGCUCCCUCCGCCGCGAGCCGCCUGAAGCAGCGGGCACCUCUUCGGCAGAUGUCAUCUGGAAGUGUUCCUGGCUCUUCUGGAGAGAACAUGAUUUACUAUCUCCUUGCUGGUGUUGCUGCUUUUGGUGGUUUAUAUUAUGCCUACAGAACAGUCAGUUCAUCCCGCAGCAAGUAUAUUGAACAUGUGAAUAUUCUGCAUGAGAGAUCUGAGGGGCGGAAAAGUGAACAUUUGUCGCACAAGGGUGAUGAAGAGGAGACAGCUGAAAUCACUGAAGCAGAGACAGCCACAGAAGAGACUGAUACAGUAACUGCUGCUGGACCUGCAGCGCAGGAUGAGAGUUCUGGGGUAUCCUCAGAAACUGGAGGGGAGAGUGGCUUACCAGCUGCAGAUGUACCUGCUACUGUGGAGGGAGCACAGCAGGAAGCUGCUGCUAACUUGGAAGCUGCUGCUAAUUCAGAAGCUGCUACAGUGCAAGAAACUGUGGGUGAAGGCUUGGAUGUUGCAGUUUCUUCUGCCCAUGAGGAAAACUUAGACAGUGUCAAAGAAGGAGUAGCCUCAGCAGCUCAAGAGAUGUCUGAUGCAGCCACAAGGGACCGGGACGCCGAUGCUGAAGAGUCUGGGCAAACUUCAGAAGGUGCACAGGUUUCCACGGAAGGGAUGACAGCUGAAGAUGUUGCAAAGGAAUCCUAAGUGCAAUAUAAAAUAACAACGCCUUUUACGUUCCUGUGAUAAAAGUGAGCAGCACUGAAGCCUCUGAAAAGUUUAAUGGAAAUAUGGGCAAUCAACCAGCUGAUUCCUGUGUGAAACCUCAUACUCUGCCUUGGAGACAUAAAACAAAUUGUGUAGUUUGUCAUACCCCACACUGCUGCUUAGGAUGAGGAUUCAUUACUGAAACAGACAACCUAACACGAUUUAAGUUGGUUAGAGUGACACUUCUGUAAUUAACCUCUCUGUUUUAGAAAGGAGCAUCCAGUAAUAAAUGUCAAAGCACCAUUCGGCAUGUAAUAAAUACACGUAGUAAGAGAAGCAGUAGACUUAACUGAAUCUGUGUCACAUGAACUCAUUUUAGUUCUAGUAGUUAUCUACAUUUAUGCCUUACCUUUUGUCCCAACUCUGCUGCAUAAUUAUAACAUUGUACCAUUCCAUGCUAAAUUUUAAGAAGAAAGUUUUACUAUGCUAAAAUCUUACUAAAAUUACCUGUUAGUAUUUUUAAAUUGCGUCACGGGGGAAAAUAGCAACUUGUUUUCUCCCAAGUUUUGAUUUUGCAAUAACAACCAUAGGACAUUUGGCUGUACAAAAUCUGAUUUUCCUCCCGCAUAAACAUUUUAGAUAUUAUCCUUCCUUGCACAAUUGUAUCCAGGAGUAAGCUUUUUAAAAGUUUAAAGCAGUCUCCUGCUUUGAGAACAUUAACCUUUUGCAAGUAGUAGCAAUAGAUACAUUACAGCAAAUUAGAGAAACUGUGAAAACCAAAAUAAUGCAGGUCAAAGUUAUCAUCAGUGGCUGGGAGUGGUGGGCUUCAUUCCCACCGAACCUUAUUGCCCUUGCAGAAGUCUUUCUGUGUUGUUCUGUCCCAGCAGGGACAUGCAGUGGUGGCAUAAUGAAGUGGAGGUUUGAGAGAAGACUGUUACACAAAUCAGGAGCGAUACAGGCUAUGGUAAAGCUCCUCACAGGGAACCUGGAGGUGGCCAGCAAAAUCCCCAUUAAAGACUACAGCGUAGGUGUUCAAAUGUACAAGAAUUCUUAAAAGCUAGUGAAAAACCCAUAGCCUUGGAAACCUGGAACAAGCUGUUACUUGUCAAAAUUUUCUCUCCCAGAGAGGGGCAUGUAACAGCUCAGGCAGAGUUUGAAAAGUGUGGCAUUUAAUUCUGUUUUUCAAAAUAUGUAACCAGAAAAUAUUUUUUGUCUUGUUAGUAUUAUCUUAAUAAUAAAUAAUCUAUAAUGAAUAACUGGUUUGUAUGGCACUGUUCUCUUGAACCUGUCUCAUAUUAUGAGUAUGUGCAUGUAUGUGCAUAUACAUGCACACAUGUGCGCAUCUACUACAAAAUUUUCUAUUGAGAUUCCCCACCAGCUAAAAAGCAUUACAGCCCUCCUGAAAUGGUGAUAAUUCUAAUUCAGUCAUGAAACAAGGCAUAUCAUAUACAAUUUAUAUAAAAACUGUGAAUUACAAGGUAUAACUGACUGCUUUUUCUUCCAACAGAACCUUGGAAAAAUGUCAAAAAAAAAAAGUACUGUGUUAUAACAUUCCUACCCAUCGUACAAAGAAACGUAUUGUCCUCCCCCCAUCACGAAGCAAGUUAUAAUAGUGUUCCAGUGAAAAUACAGUCUAUUGUUCCUGCACCUGCUUAUGAAUAACUAGAAUAAUGCAGAGGCAAAAUCAGGCUCCCGAGCUUCAGGAAGCAAUACCAUAGCCUUCUACUUAAAGGAUAAAGCCACUGUGAUUAAAAGCACUUGUUGUAGACAAAGCUACUGGAAUAAAAGUCUUAAAUUGA